AUGGUUGCAGGUCAGAGUAGACUUCAAAGAAUUCACUGUAAUUAUAACUGUGUAAACAAGAGAAAGUUAACUGCUGCAAUAACAGGACUAUCAUGGGCAAAAUCUGCUCAUAUUGGGACACUGCUUCAGCUCUACAAAUUUCUACAGCUCACUGUUGGUCCUUUUGAGCCUAUCUUCAGUGACCGAGGUCAGUUUAUUUCUCUCUACCAGAUGGCCCCCAAAGGCACAACUCUGUCUCUUGCCAUGGUCUCUUUGAUGCUUCAUUUUGGCUGGACCUGGAUUGGUCUGCUUAUCCGAGAUGAUCACAGAGGGACUCAGUUUCUAGCAGAUAUCAGAGAAAAGAUGGAGAAAAAUCAAGUCUGCAUUGCUUUUGUUGAAAUGAUCCAAAGUACCUUGAAUUCAUUAUCAUACAAAUACUGGAAAAGUCUUGGCAUCAUCCAGGAAACAUUGGCCAAUAUUAUCAUCAUUUAUGGUGACAAUGAUUCACUACAAGGUUUAAUGAGCAACAUAGGGCAACAGAUUUUGAUGAGUAAAGUCUGGGUCAUGACCUCUGAGUGGGAUGUUACUAAUAUCGCUGAUUAUUUCUUGCUAGAUUCAUUCCACGGAAGUCUCAUUUUUUCACAACACCAUAAGCAGGUGCCUGAAUUUAAAAAUUUUAUUCCAACGGUUAAUCCUUAUAAAUGCCCAGAAGACAAUUACCUUCCUAAGUUGUGGUUUUUGUUCUUCAAGUGCUCAUUUUCAGAGCUUGAUUGUCAUCUUUUGGACAAUUGCCAACCCAAUGCUUCCUUGGAAUUACUGCCUGGACAUAUGUUUGAGAUAGUAAUGAGCGAAGACAACUACAAUACAUACAAGGCUGUCUAUACUGUGGCCCACAGUCUCCAUGAGAUGAGUCUUCAGCAAGUACAAAUGCAACCAUUUGGAAAUGGGGAAAGAAUGGUGUUCUUCCCCUGGCAGAUUCCUCAUUCUGUGUGCAGUGAGAGCUGUGGUCCUGGAUUCAAGAAAGUUUCCCUAGAGGGCAAGGCUGUUUGCUGCUAUGAUUGCACUCCUUGUGCAGACAAUGAGAUUUCCAAUGAGACAGGUAUGGAAAAGUACAUCAAGUGUCCAGAGAGUCAUUAUGCAAACUCAGAGAAGAAACACUGCCUCCAGAAAGCUGUGAGUUUUCUUAACCAUGAGGACCCCUUGGGGAUGUCUCUCACAACCAUAGCUCUGUGCUUCUCUGUACUCACAACUGUGGUUCUUGGACUCUUUGUGAAGCACAGAGACACUCCAAUUGUCAAAGCUAAUAAUAGGACCCUUAGUUACACAUUGCUUAUCACAUUCACUGUCUGUUUCCUAUGUGCCUUGCUCUUCAUUGGCCAUCCCAACAAUGUAAUCUGUAUCCUGCAGCAGAUCAUAUUUGGAGAUGCUUUCACUGUGGCUCUUGCCACUGUGUUGGCCAAAGCUAUCACUGUGGUUAUUGCCUUCAAGGUUACUUUUCCAGGGAGAGUGGGCCUCAGAUGCAUAGCCCAAGGCAAGAAAGAGUUCCAGAAUUCUCAGUGGCAGUGGAAGAGGAUCUUGUUUAAUCACAGUCAUGCAUAUGCCUAUAACUCCUCUGAGUGUUAUUACAGAAUGAAAGAAGAUUUUCACCAUGAAGGAGAUGUAACCAUUGGUGUAUUUUUCCCAGUACAUACUUUCUACACAGGCAACAAAGUUCCACAUUCUUAUCUGCCAAACAUUUACACCGACUUUCACAUACAGUAUAAUUUUAAAUUACACCAGUUGGUUCUGGCCCUGGUAUUUGCCAUUGAGGAGAUCAACAGGAACCCUCAUCUUUUACCCAACAUAUCUCUGGGAUUUGACUUCUAUAAUGUCCCAUACAGUGAGAAAAACAUUCUUACGAAUGCUUUUUUUUGGAUCACAGGCCUGAGUAGUCAUCAGAGUCUUUACUGUAAUUAUAACUGUGUAAAUGAGAGAAAGUUAACUGCUGCAAUAACAGGACCAUCGUGGGCAAAAUCUGCCCAUAUUGGGACACUGCUUCAGCUCUACAAAUUUCCACAGCUCACUGUUGGUCCUUUUGAGCCUAUCUUCAGUGACCGAGGUCAGUUUACUUCUCUUUACCAGAUGGCCCCCAAAGGCACAACUCUGUCUCUUGCCAUGGUCUCUUUGAUGCUUCAUUUUGGCUGGACCUGGAUUGGUCUGCUUAUCCGAGAUGAUCAUAGAGGGACUCAGUUUCUAGCAGAUAUCAGAGAAAAGAUGGAGAAAAAUCAAGUCUGCAUCGCUUUUAUUGAAAUGAUCCAAAGUACCUUGAAUUCAUUAUCAUACAAAUACUGGAAAAGUCUUGGCAUCAUCCAGGAAACAUUGGCCAAUAUUAUCAUCAUUUAUGGUGACAAUGAUUCACUACAAGGUUUAAUGAGCAACAUAGGGCAACAGAUUUUGACGAGUAAAGUCUGGGUCAUGACCUUUGAGUGGGAUGUUACUAAUAUCGCUGAUUAUUUCUUGCUGGAUUCAUUCCAUGGAAGUCUCAUUUUUUCACAACACCAUGAGCAGGUGGCUGAAUUUAAAAAUUUUAUCCAAACAAUUAAUCCUUAUAAAUACCCAGAAGACAAUUACCUUCCUAAGUUGUGGUUUUUGUUCUUCAACUGCUCAUUUUCAGAGCUUGAUUGUCAUCUUUUGGAGAACUGUCAACCAAAUGCUUCCUUGGAAUUACUGCCUAGACACAUUUUUGACAUGGUAAUGAAUGAAGACAGCUACAAUACAUACAAGGCUGUCUAUACUGUGGCCCACGGUCUCCAUAAGAUGAGUCUUCAGCAAGUACAAAUGCAACCAUUUGGAAAUGGGGAAAGCAUGGUGUUCUUCCCCUGGCAGCUUAAUCCUUUCUUGAGGAAUGUCCAUGUGGGAGGCAACAUGGCUUUAGAAUGGAAACAGAAGUUAGAUGAUGAUAAGUAUGAUAUUCUCAACUUUUGGAAUUUUCCAAAGGGUCUUGGACUAAAAGUGAAAGUAGGAAAUUUUUUGCCCAAUGCUCCCCAGAGUCAACAGUUGACUUUAUCUGAGAAGAUGAUACGAUGGCCAGAAAGAUAUUCAGAGCUUCCUAAGUCUGUGUGCAGUGAGAGCUGUGGGCCUGGAUUCAGGAAAAUUUCCCUAGAGGGCAAGGCUGUUUGCUGCUAUGAUUGCACUCCUUGUGCAGACAAUGAGAUUUCCAAUGAGACAGCAGAUAUGGAAAAUUGCAUGAAGUGUCCAGAGAGUCAUUAUGCAGACACAGAGAAGAAACACUGCCUCCAGAAAGCUGUGAGUUUUCUUAACCAUGAGGACCCCUUGGGGAUGUCUCUCACAACCAUAGCUCUGUGCUUCUCUGUACUCACGACUGUGGUUCUUGGACUCUUUGUGAAGCACAGAGACACUCCAAUUGUCAAAGCUAAUAAUAGGACCCUUAGUUACACAUUGCUUAUCACACUCACUGUCUGUUUCCUAUGUGCCUUGCUCUUCAUUGGCCAUCCCAAUACUGCAACCUGUAUCCUGCAGCAGAUCACAUUUGGAGGUGCUUUCACUGUAGCUCUUGCCGCUGUGUUGGCCAAAGCUAUCACUGUGGUUAUUGCCUUCAAGGUUACUUUUCCAAGGAGAGUGGUGAGGUGGUUAAUAAUAUCAAAGGCUCCGAACUUCAUCAUCCCCAUAUGUACUCUGAUCCACCUAGUCCUCUGUGGAAUAUGGCUAGGGACCUCUCCUCCCUUCCUUGACCAAGAUGUUCAUGCUGAACAUGGACAUAUCAUCCUUGUGUGUAACAAGGGCUCAGAUUUCGCCUUCCAUGGUAUACUGGCAUAUCUCUGCUCCUUGGCAAUUGGGAGUUUUACGAUGGCUUUCAUGUCACGGAAUCUGCCUGACACAUUCAAUGAAGCCAAGUUCCUGUCAUUCAGCAUGCUGGUGUUCUUCUGUGUGUGGAUCACAUUCCUCCCUGUCUACCACAGCACCAAGGGGAAGGUCAUGGUGGCUAUGGAAGUCUUCUCUAUCUUGGCUUCUAGUGCAGCCCUCCUCGGCUUCAUUUUUGCCCCUAAGUGCUAUAUUAUCUUAAUAAGGCCAGAUAAGAACUCAAUUCAUCAUAUCAGGAACAAGCCACAUUCUAGAAGGAAUAACCCUCUCAAAACCUAG